UGAAAUACAAAUACAAAUGCAAAUGAAAUACAAAUAUUUAUGCUCGUAAAACGCAUCUAAAAUUCUAUCUAUGUAGUGCCAAAAAGAAAAAGUUUUUCAUACAACACAAGAGAUGAAUAAAUAUAUAAUCAAGUAAUACAAAUAAAAUAUUCAAAAAUCGCUUGGUAUUAAAAUUGCAUAACUAAAUUAAAAUUGAAUACAUUAACAAACAAACAAAAAAUUAAAAUAUUAUAAAAUUUGUGUGUUCUCUGUCUGUCUGUCCGUUCUGCUGUCCAUCCGUAUCCAUAUCCGUAUCUUUUUGCUGUGUUCUGUGGUUAUUCUGUCGCGCUGUGACGCCUGCGCAGCAAGAGGCAGCCUGGAGUGAAAUAAUUCUAAUUGGAUACCAAACGGACACACAGGACAGGAAACGGAAGUUGGCUGCCAUUUGCAGAACCACUUGGCAAGAACCUGUCCAUGGAUUUAUGAGAGUGUGGCGCAGAGCGAUCGAUGAGAUCCGUUUGAGGCAUCGUCCGUCUUCUCUUCGUUUGAGGCAUAGAAAAUGUUUCAACGUCUGCCCGCUGCUGGCGGCGCGGACAUUUACCAGGAUGCUGCUGCUGGCACCACAACGAUGCGCUCCGUGUUCCCCAACUCCCGUUUGGAUUCGCUGGCGGAGAGCCAACUGCCAGCACCACCAAUGCCACCAACGCCAGAGCCGGACGGAGUUGGAUCCAUCUCUGGUGGUGGUUUUGGAUACAAUCCCUUAGAUGACGACUGGUGGGCCAAUGCCAUCGAGGUGGACACCUUCGACUCGCCGCUGGCGUUCGAUGCCAGCGAGAAUGGACUGUGGAAUGGACAUUUUGUGCCGCCACCGCCGCGUCCUCCGUUUCUGGAUGAAAGCGUAGCCGCUGAUGGUUUGACCACCUGUGAUCUAUGCACGUGGGCAUGGCAGCGGAAUGCCUACUCAUUGGAUGGUUCGAUAGAUAAAGCUGGCGAACUUGGAUGGGCAUUCACCCUAAUCAUAGUUUCAAUCAUAUCGGCUCUUAUAGGUGCUAUUGUAAUGGUCAUAGUUCUAAGAUGUAGAAGGUAAGUGAAAUCAAAUCAG